AAGACGAGCUUUGGCUUUCGUUUAGUGUCUGGGGCAGAGCUCUGUCUGUCGUUCGAAACCAAUCGUACCGGGAUCGCCUGAAAUCGCGCUGGUCGUAUUGACCUACAAUUUGCACACUCUCAGCUGGAUUCAUCGGCAACAGUCGUCUCUGUUUGAUCUGGAAACAAAAACGCUGUGAUAAAAACAAAGGCAAAUAAUACAGUGUACCCUAUAGCCACGCACAUCGGGCGUAUACGCUAUACGCGACCUGUUAUAUUUAUCGCAACAAUAAACAAAGCGGCGGGGUCUCCUCACCGCGCCCGCCCUCCUCCGUCGAGCCGAAGGAAGGCAAAACUCGACAUGGCAGCGCCAAGCGCCACCAGCAUGGCAGUCAUCUCCAGCCUGCUUCUGCUGGUUGCCCUCUCGUCCCUCUGCUCCGCCGGCACCUUUAACGCCCGACCCGCUUUCCCCGUGCCAACCGGCCAGAUCCAGCCAUCCGGUCAGAACAGCAAGCAGCCCGGCAGACGCAUCAUGAACCCGGCCUUCGCCAACGCGGGUCGCACUCCAGGCCUGGAGAUCUGGCGCAUCGAGAAUUUUGAGCCUGUUGCCUACCCAAAAAAUAACUAUGGCAAGUUCUUCACUGGGGAUUCGUUUAUUAUUCUCAACACCAUUGAGAACAAGAAGGACAAACAGCUGUCCUGGGACGUGCACUUCUGGCUGGGAUCCGAGACGUCGACCGAUGAGGCCGGAGCCGCGGCCAUCCUCACUGUCCAGCUGGACGACCUGCUGAACGGCGCCCCAGUGCAGCACCGGGAAGUGCAGGACCACGAGUCGCAGCUGUUCCUCGGCUACUUCAAGAACGGAGUUCGCUACGAGCAGGGUGGCGUCGGAACGGGUUUCAAGCACGUGGAGACCAACGCCCAGGGGGAGAAGCGCCUGUUCCAGGUCAAGGGAAAGCGCAAUGUGCGCGUGCGCCAGGUGAACCUGUCCGUCUCGUCGAUGAACAAGGGCGACUGCUUUAUUUUGGACGCCGGCAGCGACAUUUACGUCUAUGUGGGCUCCCAGGCAAAGCGCGUGGAGAAGCUGAAGGCGAUCAGCGCUGCCAACCAGAUCAGGGACCAGGACCACAACGGCCGAGCCCGCGUCCAGAUCAUCGACGACUUCAGCACCGAUUCCGACAAGCAGCAGUUCUUCGAUGUGCUCGGAUCGGGAUCCGCUGACCAGGUGCCCGAGGAGUCGACCGCCGAUGAGGAUGGCGCCUUCGAGAGGACAGACGCCGCCGCCGUUACGCUCUACAAGGUCAGCGAUGCCAGCGGCAAGCUGAAGGUGGACGAAGUUGGCCAGAAGCCGCUCACACAGGCCAUGCUGGACACCCGCGAGUGCUUCAUCCUGGACACCGGCUCCGGCAUCUUCGUGUGGGUCGGCAAGGGCGCCACGCAGAAGGAGAAGACGGACGCCAUGGCCAAGGCGCAGGAGUUCCUGCGCUCCAAGAAGUACCCGGCCUGGACCCAGAUCCAUCGCAUCGUGGAGGGCGCCGAGUCCGCACCAUUCAAGCAGUACUUUGCCACCUGGCGUGACGCCGGAAUGGCGCACACCCGCCUCAUUCGAUCGGCCCUGGGCAUCGGUUCUGACGAGUCACUGGAUGUGGAUGAGAUCGACGCCGCGGUGACUCAGCUGAAGAAGAGCGGCGGCCGGGCAUUCGGCUUCAUGCCCGACCACGGUCAGAACAGCCUGGAAAGCAUCACACAGUACGUGGCCCGGCCCGACGGGGUCCAGGUCAACACCGUCUCCUUCGCGGAGGACCUUCCCCUGCUGGGAUUCGCCUCCUACGUCCUCACCUACAACUUCGAGGCCAACAACGGGGACACAGGCGCCAUAAUCUACGUGUGGCAGGGAGCGAAGGCCCCCCUCGCCGCCAAAGAGCGCGCCUUCGAGGAAGGCCUAGCUGCUGCGGUGCUCCAGAACGGCCUGCUGGUGCUCACUAGCCAGGGCCACGAGCCGCGCCACGUCUACAAGGUCUUCAAGGGCAAGCUGCUGACCUCCUACACCGCCCUGCCGGUCACGGCGCAGCUCUUCCGCAUCCGCGGCACCGUCGAGAGCGACAUCCACGCCAGCGAGGUGCCCGCCGACAGCUCUUCCCUUGCCUCGGGCGACGCGUUCGCCCUUCUCUCCGGCAAGUCGCACAGGAUCUUCGUCUGGAACGGCCUGGGCGCAUCCGCCUUCGAGAAGAAGGCCGCCUUGGAUCGCUUCGCGCGCUACUGGGACGACGCCGAGCUCGAGCAGGUGGAGGAGGGUGCGGAGCCGGAGGAGUUCUGGGAGGAGUUGAACGGCGAGGGUCAGUACGAUCGCAGCUUGGGCGACAUCGGGGCUCCGCUGCUGGAGCCGCGUCUCUUCCACUGCCGACUGAGCUCCAGUGGGCUUGUUCGGGUUGAGGAGGUGGCUAAGUACGAGCAGGAGGACCUGGACCCCGACGACGUUAUGUUACUGGACGCCGGCGACGAGAUCUACCUGUGGGUUGGCUCUGGCGCAUCCGAGGAGGAAAAUGCUAGGAUUCUGGACAUGGCAAAGCGCUACAUCCGCGUGGAGCCAAGUGCCCGCUCUAUGGACACCGUGAGCCUCAUUCGCGUCCCUCAGGGCAAGGAGCCGCAGGUCUUCAAGCGCAUGUUCCCCAGCUGGGACGACAACUACUGGCAGACUUUGCCCACCUAUGAAGCCAUGAAGCAAAAGAUCAUUGAUGCCAACAACGAGGUCUAGACCCACAGACUAAAUACUCAGCAAAAUUAACCAAAAAUAUGUUUGUUUUUGCCCAUUAAAAAUAAAUGAAUCCAACAAAUUUAAAA